UGGAAAUGGAGCCAGAAAGGGCCCCCAGUGGGGAGAGCUGGCAGCAUAGGAGGAGCUGCAGGGGUCAGGGGCCCCAUGGAGUCCUGUCUGAUUCCAAAGGUCUAAUUCACGAUGGAAGAAAUCUAGUUGUCUCUUCAGACAUUUGCCUCUCCCCAGAACCCUGCAGAAAUGAGACACCAAGACUGGAUCUACUCAUGGGCAGGCCUGGGUGGCCUUUGCAGCCAGGGUUGUAAGCUCUGCCUGGCACAUCGGGCGCUCUCCUGGGAGAUCAAGAGACAGGACUCUGAGAUGGCCCCAGCUCCAGCGCCAUGCUCUGGUGUCCUCUGCUACCGUGGCAGCUGUCUCUCUUAUACCCACUCCUGUUCUUAAGAAUGUAAGUUAGGCGCGUGAGGUCUGUCACGGGGCGACGAAAGAAGCUAUUCUGCUAACAUAGCUUCAUGUUUCUACCUAGAUGCAAAAUAAACACUGUCCUUCCCGAAUGAGAAAAACCUUGCGCAGGGGACAAGAAGAGCUGGCUUUAGGGUGAUCUUCUCACGAUCCCACUUGAGCGCCAGUGUACUUCCUAUAGAGUGUGAGCCCUAGAAGGCCAUAAAAGGGGUCUUGCUAGAUACCCAAAGCUAAAGUCAUCUCUUCACCUCCAAGUGAGGAGCCUGAAACUACAGUUUUCACACCUCCAGCUCUGCUUCGGGUCUCAGAAGCAUAGAAUUAAUCCACAGUCCUGGGUAACCUUGCACAGGGCCCACCUCUUCCUGUUUACCUUAUGUUGAUUUUUCCCAGGUUUAUACCGGAUCAUCUGGUGCCUUAUCAAAGACAUAGGGAAAAAAAUAGUAUUUUUUUUAUUAUUAGCUCUCUUUAGAAUCACGCAGCCUGGGCAUCCCACUAGGUCCUCUAUGUCCUAGAAACAGUCCCGCAGGAUCAGGGCAGAGAGCACUGGGAGGAAGCAGCCGAGCAGAAUUCCCUUCCUCAUAGUGGUCCUUGCAGGCUGAGAAAGCCCAAGCCCACAUCCCUACAGGAUGGAAUCCGGUCCAGCCCUGUCCUUCCCCGUACAUUCCUGAGUUAGGACUGGUGAGAGAGGCAAAGGAAACAGGCUGGAGCGAAGCCAAGCUUCUGGUCUUGGACUCCGCUCCAUCUUUUAUUCAGAGAAUGAUCUCAUCCUUGGUCGUGUUCUUUAAAGGGAACUGCAGGGGGUUUCUUUCCUGGAGCCUGGAAUGUGCUUUUACUGCCCCCCUGUCUUUCAUAGGAUCAAAGAAAUAGACUUUACCUAUGGAUGACUGCUAGAUUUUAGGCAUCAGAAGAAAGACGGCAUUUCCCCCACUUCAUCCUCAGCUUAGCCCCUGACCCGAACUGUGUCCACCUCUUCACCUACAUUUCUUUCCGAUUAGCCUUGUCCUACCCUGGGAUCCCCGGUUACCCCUCCAUCUCCCCUCCUCCAGCCUCGGCUUCACUUACCCCUAACUCAUCUGGUCUUAUUUUUAGAUCCGGCAUCUCUCCCUUUCCCUUUCUUAAUAUGGCGAUGAGCUCUUAGGCCUGCAUGGGGCCAGGGGCUGAGGAGCCCUGGCCACUGGGGGAGGGGGAAGGAAGGAGCUGCUGGGAGCCUAGGGAAGAGGUGUAGGAGGCGGGAGGAUUCAGGCUCUCAUGGAGCUGUCCUGGCCUCAGAAGGUUAUCCAUCUCUCCUGCCAACCACAGAGACAUAUUUAGACAGGACCAGGUGGGGACGGAGGGGUGCCAGUUUCAAGGGGCAGCUCCGGUUCCCUCCCCGCCCCUGCUCCUAUUGCUCCUCCUGACCCCUUUCCACUUGGCUCUGUCGGCAGUUUCUCCAGGACCCAGCAGUGUCCUCUGUCCACUGCUCUGGCCCACUCCUUACCCCACCCCCACCCAGAGCCCCUAACUCAGGACUCUUGUAUCCAGGGGCACCUCCCUAUCUCAGCUAACCUCCUCAGGACCAGGAGAGCAGACCUAGAUCCCACUACCUCCAUGAGAGCUACUGACAGGAUGGGGGCCAGGGCAGUGCCCACACUGCGGCUAGCACUGCUGUUUGUACUGGUGCUGGGGAUACCCAAGCCAGGGGUCCAGGGGGAGGAAGGGCUGGACUUCCCCGAGUACGAUGGUGUGGACCGUGUCAUCAAUGUGAACGCAAAGAACUACAAGAAUGUGUUCAAGAAGUAUGAGGUGCUGGCCCUCCUCUACCAUGAGCCCCCCGAGGACGACAAGGCCUCACAAAGACAAUUUGAGAUGGAGGAGCUAAUCCUGGAGUUAGCAGCCCAAGUCCUAGAAGACAAGGGUGUUGGCUUCGGCCUGGUAGACUCUGAGAAGGAUGCAGCUGUGGCCAAGAAACUAGGACUAAUUGAAGAGGACAGCAUUUAUGUGUUUAAAGGAGAUGAAGUCAUUGAGUACGACGGCGAAUUUGCUGCGGACACUCUGGUGGAGUUUCUGCUUGAUGUCCUAGAAGACCCCGUCGAAUUGAUCGAAGGUGAACGAGAGCUGCAGGCAUUUGAGAAUAUUGAGGAUGAGAUCAAACUCAUUGGCUAUUUCAAGAACAAAGACUCAGAGCACUACAAAGCCUUCGAGGAUGCCGCUGAAGAGUUUCAUCCCUAUAUCCCUUUCUUCGCCACCUUCGACAGCAAGGUGGCAAAGAAGCUGACCCUGAAGUUGAACGAGAUUGAUUUCUAUGAGGCCUUCAUGGACGAGCCUGUGACCAUCCCAGACAAACCCAACAGUGAGGAGGAGAUUGUCAGCUUCGUGGAGGAGCACAGGAGAUCGACCCUGAGGAAACUGAAGCCUGAGAGUAUGUAUGAGACUUGGGAGGACGAUAUGGACGGGAUCCACAUUGUGGCCUUUGCCGAGGAAGCUGAUCCUGAUGGUUUUGAGUUCUUAGAGACUCUCAAGGCAGUGGCCCAAGACAACACUGAAAACCCUGACCUUAGCAUCAUCUGGAUUGACCCCGAUGACUUCCCCCUGUUGGUCCCAUACUGGGAGAAGACGUUUGACAUCGACUUGUCAGCUCCGCAAAUAGGAGUUGUCAAUGUUACAGACGCGGACAGCGUAUGGAUGGAGAUGGACAACGAGGAGGACCUGCCUUCUGCCGAGGAGCUGGAAGACUGGCUAGAAGAUGUGCUGUCGGGAGAAAUCAACACAGAGGAUGACGAUGAUGAUGACGAUGAUGACGAUGAUGAUGACGACGACGACGACGAUGACGACUAGUUGCUGUGGCAACCACCUAUCAGCCCCGCUUACUCUUCAUAUGUACCUUCCUACCAUCCACGCACUUCCCCAAGCUCCUUGGGACACACUAGGUCACUCUCUACUACAGGGCCCACUGUGGUCUACAUACAGGGUGCUUGAGGUCCUGGUCUCCCCGCUGAUGAGAAAGGGAGCUGCUUCUCCUCAGAUACCAGCCCAGUUCUUUCAUCUCUCUCGUUUCUUAUUCUAUACCUUAUCCAUAUCUACUGAUUCUCUCCUCCCCAUACUUUCUGAUUCUCUUGCCAUCUCUUCUCUGUCCCUUCCAUCAACACAGUCUCCCACUUUUCAAAUCUUAAACCUUUCUGGCUGUCCUGAUCCAGGCCAGGAGGAAGGGAGGUACUGUGUUCAGGGAUGUAUCUCACCCAUCUCUUGUUAAUGUAUUUGGGUCAAAUGCAAGG